CCCAGAAGUUGUUGGGCGCUAGGCCGGCGGGCGGGAGGGCGAGCGGGGCAGCGGGCCGGCGGGCGGACCGGGCCGGGGCUGGAGAAGUUUGCGCGGCGGCUCGAGAGCGCAGGGUGCGGGCCCCGCCGGCCGCUGCGCGCCCGCUGCCAUGGCUUUCCGCAGGAGGACGAAAAGUUACCCGCUCUUCAGCCAGGAGUUCGUCAUCCACAACCAUGCGGACAUCGGCUUCUGCUUGGUGCUCUGCGUCCUCAUCGGGCUUAUGUUCGAGGUCACCGCCAAGACUGCCUUCCUAUUUAUUUUACCUCAGUAUAACGUUAGCGUGCCUACAGCAGAAUCCCACAGACUGGGUGGCUUAUAAACAACAGAAACUUCUUUCUCACCGGUCAGGAGGCUGGAAGUCUGAGAUGGGAGCACGGUCAGACAGUGAGACCGUGCACUACCACUAUGGGCCCAAGGACUUGGUCACCAUCUUGUUCUACAUCUUCAUCACCAUCAUCCUGCAUGCCGUGGUUCAGGAGUAUAUUCUAGACAAAAUCAGCAAACGGCUUCACCUCUCCAAGGUCAAACACAGCAAGUUCAACGAAUCUGGGCAGCUGGUCAUCUUUCAUCUCAGCUCGGUGGUAUGGUGCUUCUACGUGGUGGUGACGGAAGGAUAUUUAACAAACCCAAGAAGCCUCUGGGAAGACUAUCCGCACGUGUACCUCCCCUUCCAGGUGAAGUUCUUCUACCUGUGUCAGCUGGCUUAUUGGCUGCACGCUCUUCCGGAGCUGUACUUCCAGAAGGUACGGAAGGAGGAAAUCCCCCGCCAGCUCCAGUACAUUUGUCUGUACCUGGUCCACAUAGCCGGAGCAUACCUCUUAAACCUGAGCCGCCUGGGCCUCAUCUUGCUGCUGCUGCAGUAUUGCACCGAGUUCCUCUUCCACAUGGCUCGACUCUUCUACUUCGCGGACGAGAACAAUGAGAAGCUGUUUAAUGCCUGGGCUGCUGUAUUUGGGAUCACCCGUCUCUUCAUCCUCACACUCGCUGUGCUGGCCAUUGGCUUUGGACUUGCUCGCAUGGAAAACCAGGCCUUUGACCUCGAGAAAGGGAACUUCAACACCUUACUUUGCAGGCUGUGCGUGCUGCUGCUGGUGUGCGCCGCCCAGGCCUGGCUCAUGUGGCGGUUCAUCCACUCCCAGCUGCGGCACUGGCGGGAGUACUGGAACGAGCAGAGCGCCAAGCGGAGAGGCCCAGCUGCCCCCAGACUGCCAGCCAGGCUCAUCAAGAGGGAAUCUGGUUACCAUGAAAACGGAGUAGUGAAGGCAGAGAAUGGCACCUCCCCACGGACUAAGAAACUCAAGUCUCCUUGAGGCCAAAGUGCUGGAACAGGGAUCCUCUUGUGGGGGCCCAGCAGGGAGGUGGGGAGUCCUGCCCCCACCACUGCCUUCCCCCUUCUGCUUCUGAUGCUGCCUCCCCAGCAGCGGGAACCUGUCUCCAAAUGGGGCUUUUCCUCUUUCUUAUUUCUUGGCUUUCUCUUCUUACUCUUCCAUAAACCAUUCUCAAUAAAACCAAAACUCUUCUUCUUUCUCUCUCUCAAGCCACCUCAUGUCCUUACCUCUGUGCUGUGUUGGGUUUUCUAGAAGCCCAGGCUCUCACGGUUCUCUCUUGGCUUGCCUCCUCUUUCUCUUCCUUCAUGGCUGCUUUCUUUGACUUUUCACUGUAUUGUGCAAUUUUUCUGUGUCUGAUUUUUACAACGAGAGGGAGCUCAAAUUGCAGUUGCGGCCAUCCGACACCUAGCAUCAGUGUCCAGGACCUGUCAGAGUCAGAAGACUGGUGCCCAGGAGCCUCCGCCCAGAGCCGCUAACAGGCCUGGGGUCGUGGGGGGGGCGUAUUCGGACAAGGAGAGGAGAGACCAGCCCUCUUGGAUCAUCAUCUCCAGGUGCUGAUUAACUGAGAUGUAUGAUUCCAGUUCUGCAUGUACCAUCCGGAGGCCUGGCUGCACCCCUGCUACUUGGAAAUGCAAAGGCGUUUGGCUGUGGGCAUGGCGACCUGGCCCAGAAAGGUGGUGGUAACAGUGUGGCCAGUCCUGGACACAGGCCAGCCAGCCCUCACUCUGCCAGGGAGGUGCUGAAGGAGGACAAGUCUCCCCACCCACUAGAGCAAGAACAAAGCGCUUCUGGAAAGGUAAAGGUGGCAGAGAUGCUGGAGUGGUCACCCUUGGCCUUCCUUCGGCCGCAGCCCCAGCUGCUUUUUCAGCCGUUCACCAGCAUUCAAAACCCAGCCCAACCCAGUUACCAGAGCGGCCUGGCAGAUGCCAGUCCCGAAGCCCAGAGCCAGGCGGCCGGGGGAAGGGCUGACCUCGCUGCCUGACUUCGUCUCUCCCACUGCAGGAACACCAAGCCCCCCAUUGGCCCCUGGUGCCACGAGGAGGCUUGCCUAGCCGUUUACCCUCUGGCUCAUCUGUGGAGUGUCUCUGGGCUGGUCACUGUCAUCCUGUGAUGUCUGAGCGCACCUGCAACAUUUUAGACUGUAUGAAAGUGGGACUGACUCUGAAUGAUCUGCAGGGUAGAUGAGCAGACAUCUGUGCCAAUGGGAGGCACUUUUCUCCCUCCCUCCUUCCUUCCCUCUGCUCUACCUAAAGACAAGGCCUCCAAGUCCAUAUAGGGCCUGGGGAGGACUUCCAGAAGGGGUUAGGCUUAGUCCUGAUUAAGAACUCUUGAACUCUGUGCUGAGGUGCAGGGAGCAGGUUUUGAUGGGCAUAGAAAUGUGUCGUUUGAGGGGCUGGUCCUCUUUCUGACCUCACAGUGGAAGCCUGACCUUGGGUUACUACCCUGAAGUGGGGGUAGGGGGCUCUUCAUCAGGGCAGCUCCCCUUCUCCAUGGGGAGAAGAUACAUUUAAUUUUCCAGUGACUGGGGAAUUUGUACCCGAACACCACUGUAGAGCUUCCUCUCUCUGUCCAGACUAAGGCUGUAGAAAUGGGAAGAACUGCCCUUGGCCUCUGAUCACCCCUAGGAAGUGGGACAGCCUUUUUGGAGAUCGGUAUCUCUCCCAUUCUUCUCUGACACUUCUCUGGACUGCAGAGCAGAACAGUGCUAGGAAGGUGGCUCGGUAUCACCCCAGCAAACCUGAGCCAGGACCCCUCAGUCAUUUGGCCAAAUACCCCUGCCCCGGCUGCGGUUUUGUUCACAAUCCCCCCCUUUCCUGGUGAGGGAAGGGCGUCCAGCCAGCAGCUCCAAAGCUGUCCCAUGAGGCUUCCUGCCCAUCCUGGUUCUCUCCUGGCCAUGUCCCGGGCCACAUGCUGCUCCCUGCAAGGGGCCACUCCCUCAGGUGAGCCCUGGUGAAAAUUCAGCAGCUUCGCUGUAUACCGCCAGCCGAGAGUGGGGCAAGCAGCUCGAGGCCUGCUGUCAGCCUCCCUUCUCAGCGCUGUAGGUCUGAGUGUCUGUUGCCGCAGGCUGCAUGGCUCCGUGUUCCCUGAGUGCCCUGCAAGCUUCUGGCUCUGGGGUGGGUGUGAUUCAGAGGUGGUACCGCUGGCCCAGGGGCGGGGGCCAACGUAGGCUCUGUUGCUUGAAGGAUAGGGUGUGUGCAGGGAUGAAGAUUAAUAGAAGGAUUGUUUUUUCUGCCAUGUCAACACCCGAAGCCAUGAGUAAGGCUAGUAUGUCCCCCGCCAGGCCUCAGGAACGAUUGCGGGGUGGGGAGGAGAAUAAUUGUAGGGAUCUCUCACCCCCCCCCCCCCCGCCGGCAUCCCAGCCGUGUUUAUCUCCAAAGCCGGAGCCCUGGCUUUGGCAGGCUGGCUCAAACCCAGAUGCCAGGGGCCGAAAUAACCCCACUUCGUCCUGUGAGCUUGUUGUGCUGCCUUGUCCUGAUGUGGCCACUUUGCUGUCUUCAGUCUUAAAUGCUCUCUCCAGUUCCCAAAGUGUCAAGCUGUCUGUGAGGGCCCUGCCGCCCAGCUCCAAGUGUGAGAGCCGGCUCAGCAGGAGCUGGGGGACAGAUGCUCAUCUACCUCAGCAGCAGCCACUGCUCUUUAAAUGUCCCUGACUGCCACUGGUGCAGGGCAGUGGAGGGAGUGUGAGCAGGUGGCCGUGGUGGGGGAGAGUGGCUGUGGCGGCGGGAGGACCCGGGACUGCUGAGGUCCAGUGGUGGGAGAGUUAUUUUUACCAUCAGGCUCUGAUAGCUGCACUAUUAAUAAGUUACAUGUGUCCUUUUUAAAGGUAGGGGAAGGUUCAAGAGCAAAGGGGGAGCAGGGAGAGUCAGGAGGGAAGCUGCUGCUCCCCUUUCUAGUCUAUUCCGUGUGUGUGUGUGUGUGUGUGUGUGUGUGUGUGUCUGGGUCAC